AGCAGCAGUGCAGAUUUGACGGCGGACGACUGAACAUCGAGUUUCAAGUGGAUGCGUUUUGUAACUGGACGUACACAGUACAAGAUACAGACAGAUGGCAAGGCGAGAUCAUUUUCAUGUGCUCAUUGUUUGUCCUCAACAGUCAGAGUUGGAGGCUGCACGUUAUGUAUUCGAACACGAAACAAACAGCAAGUUUAAAGAAGCUCACACUGAUCUUUCUUGCAGUCUUUAUCUAUGUCGUGAAUGGAAUAAUUUGCCUCUCAAUGUUGCGAUGGUAGCACAAGUGGAGUCUGGUGGUAUCGGUGCAAUGAAUCUUGUUGCUGAUUUGGCAAAUUAUUUCUCUGUUGGUUUGAUUGCAAUGACUGGCAUUUGUGCUGCAGAAGAAGACAAGUACAACAGAAUGGAAUAUGGGACUGUUGUCGUGGCCAACAGAACAACAACAGAGUCGGGAGGAUUGGAGAAGGCAAAUGAAACAUUUGAACCUCGUGCUCUUUAUAAGGAAUUAGACAAGCAGAUUUCACCAGCAAUAAAUGAACUUGUUGCUACAAAGGAAUCUAGCUGGGUAGACUUUAUUCCCAGCCAAUUGUAUCGUCCCAGUCCACGAUAUGUGAAGGAGCUGUUGCUGCAGUCUGUUUUAGUCAAUGCAGGAGGUAUCGUGAUGGAAGAUUUAUUAACAACUGUUAGAUCCAAAUUUCCUGGCAUUGAAAUGCUUUCACUUGAUGAGGUUUUGCAAAAGGUUUUAGAAGAAUCCAAAUCCUGGAUCUGUUCAGAAGGCAAACUUCUGAAGGCAACAAAUGAAGGAAAGCAUUAUGCUAAUGAUCAACCUUCCUUCCCACGUGGAGACCAUGCCAUUGUUGCUGUGUCUGCAUCCAUUGGAUCUGUGACCAAUGAGGUAAAGGAUCUCGGCAAGGAGAUGAAAACACUGAAGCAACAUAUGGCAGAUCAUGACAUAAAGGCCAUUGACAGAGAGGCUCAUUUCUUUAUGGAACAAGCAACAGACAGCUUCAGUCCUGGAUUACCUGUUGUGAUGAAGGGAAUAUCUGACUACGGAACUGACAGUAGCAAGCUGAACUAUUACAAAGUACACGCUGCUUCCACAUCUGCAGCAUUUCUGAGGCAUUUUGUUACACAGAAGAAUUCCAUUAUCAAGUCUCAAUCACUUGAGAGUCAGCUGUUUGAUGUUUCUGCAUUUGUGGCUGGUGAUUGGUGUGAUGUGGCUGAACGUCUUGGCAUGAGCGUCUAUGAAACGAAAAUGAUUGAAAUUGAAAUUCACACAAAGAGAGAACGAGCUUACCUCAUGUUGUGCAGGUGGCAUUCCAAAGAAGGAGACAAUGCAUCUGUAGACAAAGUGAAAGCUGAGCUCAAAUACGUCCAAGAACACAAGAAGCCUAAAGCAGUUGAUGGAAUAGUUUUGCCUAAUGAACUGAGAGAAGAGAAGCAGUUCUGUGGACGAGAAGCAGAGUUGCAGAUUUUGAAGGAAACGCUGUGGGGAAAUGAUCCCUGCAUUCCAAUAAAGGAAUAUUGCUGUGUGGUGGUUCAAGGAAUGGGUGGAUUAGGGAAAUCGUCUUUGAUAGCUAAAUAUGCAUUGCUAUGGAAACAUCUGUAUAGUGAUGGAGUUCUAUUCUUCUAUGCAGAAUCGUUGGCAACACUUACAAAUUCAGUGAUACGCAAUCUGACAUCCUUUGGUUUGAGCUGUAAUGUUCAGAGUUUAGAAGCAAAGAAUGCAGAGCUUCUCAAAUACGUUUACAAGCAUUCCAACAUGCUGCUGGUGUAUGAUGGUGCAGAUGAUCUCUCUCUGCUGCCUAAAAUUCUUCCUCGUUCUUCUGCAAAUGUUCAUGUGGUGAUCACAACUCGGAGUGAUGAUUGCUUUGUGUUGCAGAAAGUAAGUCGCGUUAUCGCUCUUGGCUCUUUGGAAGAUGCAGAUGCCGUAUUAGCCCUAACUACAUGGUCUGGUCGUCAACCAUCAAACGAUCAAGAAUCAGUAGCAGCCAGGAAGUUAUCAGUUGAGCCUCCUAUUGAAAAGUUGCCAAUUGCUCUUGCUCAUGCAGGCACGUAUGUGCGAAAUGCCAAUCUAAGCUAUAAGGAAUAUUACAAGCAAUUACGAGACGAACAUUUGAAGGUUGAGGCUUUGGCUUUAGAUCUUGACAAACUUUUGAAUUACUUUAAAGCAAGUAGUUUGCGAGACGUGCUUGUGAACUCUGGUUUAACUCAACCUGCUCAUUUGAAAGAGCUGAGUGAUGCGGAUAUUGAUCAAUUGAAUAUGAAGAAAUACGGCGAAGUUUUGGUCAAAUCUAUGAGAAGCUUUUUGAAGUCUUCCAGUCAUGCUCAUCUUACAUGGCAAAUGGACAUUAACUUGGUUGCAAAAGGCAAUCCCAAAGCAUUGUCUCUACUUGAAUAUGCAUCAUUUCUGUCUUCAAGAGACAUUCCAGAGAAGCUCGUUCGUCCUCUUGUGUUUCGUGAAUGUGCCAAUUAUGAAUACAGAUUGUGUGUCUCCACUUUGUCUUCACACAAUUUAGUUGAAUGGCACGAGACAUCAGAAGGUUACACUUUGAAUAUUCAUCCAUUGGUGCAGUCAACAGUGUUGGAACGUGUCAAGCAGCAGCCAGAUGAAAUGGAACGUAAAAUAACUGAUGUUUGCAAAAACAUGAAGUCUCAUCUACCGGGCAAUAAAAUGGACUUUAAUGCUCUUUCAAGUGAUGUACGACUUCAACUUGCUUCUCACUCAUAUUCAUUGGCUAAGCAUGUAUUGCUAGAUGGUGUAGAAAUACGAACUUGCUUUGAUGUAGUUAGGUAUACAUGUGAGACUUUUCUGCUGUACCUUCCUCAUGACACAUCAUGUUAUUUGUGUGAAAAAUGGUACCACAAAGUAAUGCAGUUGGACAGUUUGCCACAUGAGGUCAAACGUGAAUGGCUCAUAGAAGUAAGGAAUCUUAUGAGUUUGGCAUAUCUGUUCAAGCAGAAGAUAGAUGAAGCAUUAGAUUUGUUUCUGAAAACCAAGAAGAUGAUUGAUGAGUUAAAACCAGAUGAGAAGGAAGAAAUAUAUCGACAUCAUAAAGAUGUGUUGCAAGGUAUUUAUCUUUGCUAUAACACACUACAGAAAUUUGAAGAAGAAGAGUCUUAUCUGAAAGAGUGGAUGUUGCUGAUGAAAACUUCUGGAAAACAUCUUGGAGCUGACUUUGCUAAGGUUGAAUGCGCGUUGGCAGAGGCCUACUUAAAGAGGGGUAAACGAGACGAAGCAAUGAAAUUAUGCCAACAAGUGAUGGAAAAGUUAAAUGAUAUGGAGGAAUAUGAUCAGUUCAAAGUGACCACAAUAUUAUCACAUUCUUUUUUAUUCCUUGGAGAAUUUGAAAAAGCAGGUGAUCUAUUGGAUAGGUCAUUGAAAUUGAUUUUCAGAGACGAUUCUGACAAUAAAUUUCAUGAUGAUCUAGAGAGUCGUGCCGUCAUGAUGCUCAAGUGUCGAUGUGAGCUUGAAAGACCUAAUGCAUCAAAAGGCAAGCUUACUGAAGCACUGAAAAUGGCAAAAGCAGCUUUGUCUCUUACUCAGUCUUUACUACCAUCAGAAAAUUUUGAGAUUUUCAAUUGUAAAGUGCAAAUUGCUAAAUGUAACAGGGAAUUAGGAAACAUGGAAAUGUGCAUUGAACAACUGAAAGAGAUCAGGAAAGUCGAGGAGCCAUACAUGCCUGAUUCACGUAGCAGACUAUGUACUGUAAUAAGAGAAUUAGGAGACAUACAUGAGGAGAGAGGUGAUCGAGGUGAAGCUCUGAGGUGUUACAAGGAAGCAUUAGAGCUGUACCAGCAGGAGGACACGUCUUAUCAUGUGGACAUUGCUAAUACUCAUUUCUUGAUUGGUAGAAUAUAUUUCUUCACGGGCAACGCCACUGAUGCUGUAAAGCAUUUUGAGCAGUCUAUAGAAAUUAGAGAACAGAAGCAGUUACCACCUUGUCGUGAAGCUGGUCUAUGCUAUGCAUUUCUUGGAGUUUGUAAUUUGCAGGCAGUAAAAAGAAAGGCUCGUGUGCUGGAAGACUUCCAUCAAACACAAGAAUUAUUUAUUAAGGGUCUCAACAUACUGUUAUUUUGUUCGGAUUCCGAUCCAAAUCUACCAUCUGUCUUGGUAAAUCUUGCUUCUUCAUAUGGCAUGAGAAUUGAUGUGAAGUCUACGUAUGAGAAGGCCACUACGCUAAAACUAAUAGCAAGGAAAGCAUAUGGUUUGGGAGAUUUUGCUAAAGCUAAAGAUUUGUUCUACAUGCAAAUGAAAGUUGAAGCUGCCACAAUGGUUUCACAGCCAGCACAAAAAGCUAUUGCGCUGCACGACAUCGGUUUGUGUCAGAUAGGUCUUUCACAGUUGAACGAAGCUGAGGAAACAUUCACAGAAUCACUGAGAAUUGCUCAAUCUCUGAGACCAGAAGAGCAUCAAGGUUUACAGAUUUCAUCCAUCGAAAAUGUGCUUGGACUAGUUCGGAUGCUGAAGCACUCUAACUUCGAGUUUUAGGUUAGGGUAUAGACUUAUUAGUAGCAUAAUACAGUCACAAGAUUCAUGAAGUGUAUUUCACAGUUAGUGCUGAUUGUCAUAUGUCUAUAUGUUUGUUUGCUUUUUGUCUGCUUAUUGAUAUCAAAUAUAUUCUUAACUUUAUAGACAAUAA